CUUUGUACCUAGUAACACAAUAUUUGAGAACGUAAACGAACAAUUAAUUUUUAUUAGAGCUGUCAAAACUCAAACCGACCCAAACUCACCGACGUUAUUUGAGCCAAAAAAAAGAGGGCAGGAAGCAUUUCUCUACAACAUUUAUCAGAGCCAGGUUUCGAUCCUGGGACCUGUGGGUUAUGGGCCCACCACGCUUCCGCUGCGCCACUCUGAUUGAUUGAUAAACUCCCCUCUCAAAAACUAUACAAUCUCAAAUAAAAUCAAAAUCCAAAAAAAUAAAUUGUCACAAGAAAAACGAGCACGAGUAAAAUCGUCCGAGUCAACCCAGGUAAAACUCAGAACCGAGUGAACAGAGGUCUUUCUUCCAUUCCCAACAACAAGCUUCUUCUCUUUAGGAGAGAGAAAAUCUCACACAAACACAAGAGAGAGAAAUUAAUUUCAGAAGAAGAAGAAUUUGCAAUUUGUUCAAGUUUUUGACGGUUUUCGAUCAUACGAAUUCGUCGGAAAUAAAUCCCAAUUUGGUUGAUUUGCCGAAUCUGAAUCGAUUACAAACCCUAGAAUUUUUUCUGAUUUUUUUUUUUUUUUUGAAAAAGAAAAAAUCUAUCCAGAAAAAUCAAAGAUGAUUUUUUUCCCAUUUUGAAUGGAAACCCUAAUCAUCUUCUUCCUUUUUAAUCAAUGGCGUCUUCUCCUAUUUCCCUCACCACUUUCCGCUUCUCUCUCUUCUUCGCCGCUGGUUGAUCGUCCUUUGAUCAAAUAAUUUCUUAUUUUAUUUUUUUCUGUGUAAAAAUAUUGAAAAUCCGCCAUUUUUGUUUGCUGUAAAGCUUUCUUAGUAUACCCUGUUUUUUCCUUUUUUUUUAUUUUUAUUUUUAGUUAUGGGGAGCUCAGAGUGUGGUGGGGUUAGAGAUGGUGGGGCCGGUUCGAUAGUGUGGGUUCGAAGGCGAAACGGGUCGUGGUGGCCGGGUAAAAUACUGGGUCCGGAUGAACUCUCUGCUUCUCAUCUUAUGUCUCCUCGAUCUGGAACUCCUGUUAAGCUUCUGGGCAGAGAAGAUGCUAGUGUGGACUGGUACAAUCUUGAAAAAUCAAAGCGUGUGAAGGCAUUUCGAUGUGGCGAGUUUAAUGAUUGCAUUGAGAGAGCUGAAGCCUCCGUGGGACUUCCUGCAAAGAAACGUGAAAAGUAUGCACGGCGAGAAGAUGCCAUACUUCAUGCUCUUGAACUUGAAAAACAAUUUUUUGAAAAGAAAUAUGGGAAAUUAGGUAACACUCAUUCCAUGCGAGAAAAACAAUCAGAUUCUGAAAGAAAGGACUUAGUUAGAUCAUCUGGAGUUCUGGAAAAUGGUAAUGGGAAACUUGGAAACCAUGAAUCAAGUCAACUUGGCAGGACAGUUGAUAUAUCUAAGUUAAUGGAGAGAAAAUCAUUUCCCUUGUACACCCACAAAGCUAUAGAUGGAGCUCAUCCAAGUUUAGAAGAGAGUGGCACUGAUUUGAGCCGUCAUGUAAGAGAGUUGCAUGCUUUUGGCCUUAAGGCUGUGGCUACUAAUAAAAUGCUAUACACUUCAACUGUGUCUGAAGAAUCUAAUAGAAUGGCAGUUGAUGGUCUUGCAUAUGCUGUCCCAACAGCUGAUCACCGCUUUGAGAAUUCUAGUUCAUCUGAUUCUAGGAAUUCCCUUGGCAAGCGGAAGCGGUCACUGGAUGGAUCUGUUGAGGAGUCUCUUCCAAAAAUGAAUGAUAGGCUGAAUUCCUUUGUCAAGGUCAGGCAUGAUAAUGCAAAAUUUCAUUCUAGUUCUUUGCAUCCUGAUGUGCAAAGAAAGGGGCUUCCCAUUGCUGGUAGUCAUCGUUCUAUGUAUUUUUCAUCCGAGCCGCGUGAAAUAUUUGUUAACAAGCAAGGUAGCCUGAUAGAAGCACCAAUUACCCAGCUUGAGGUGGGCACCUGCCAAUCUCAGCACAGCGCUUUUGCAGAAGUGUCUACCUCUGGAUCAUCAGAAGAAACUGAAUCUGAUUCAUCUGGAACCCGAUCUUUAGAAGCAAAUGUUGAGACAGGGGCAAUGCUUUCAGAUGCUGAAACGUGCAUCAGGGCUCAGCCAAGAAUACUUGAUAGGCUGCAAGUGCAAACGGGUCAUGAGAGUACCAGCAGUGAUGAUUCUGAAGAUGGUGAUGAGAGGUCUGAGUUAUAUUUUCAUGAUCCAAGUCGUGCUGCCGCAGUCUCUAAAUGGCAGUUGAAAGGGAAAAGAAAUGUUCGCAAUAUCAACAAGAGACCUGGUGAGAGAUUCACUUAUGGAUCAUAUCUUGAAACAAGGGGUAGGUCAAUGAGCCAGAGGGCACCAAGCCAUAGCUUGAUUUACUCUCAUAACAAUGGCUAUACCAAUGACACUGAUUAUAUGGAGGAUGACUUUGACCGCCAUUCACAAGGAUUCAGUAAAAGAGGUUACUUGCCAUCACAAGCUGCGGCCAGAAGGCAAAAUUUCACCGGCCAGAAUAUGAGUGAUUGGGAAGAGUUGACAUGGGGAAGGCCUUUGAGAGGAUUCUGGGAAGAUAGAAGUGGCUACUUUAAUCCAAUGUUUGGUGGCCGAAAUGGGCAUGAUUUGCUAAUAGAUGUAGACCUGAAGGUCCAAGCAAACCGUCAAGGCGGUGAGCAUGUACCUUGGGUGUCUUUGAUGAGCAGGUUAAAUGGGAAGGCAAUUAUAGGUCAUCCUAUCCAAAUCGAAACCCUUGAAGAUGGGUCAACAGAUAUUAUUGUAUCAGCUUGUGAUGUAUAUGGUGAUGUAAGAUAUGACUCUGAUAGAAGCAAAGUUCCACCAAUUUGGAGGACUGCCAAGAGGACGGCCAAUUUUCGAGUGCCACGUCCUCGUUCAUCUUCAUCCCAGAUGGUUGGCAAUGAAGGUUCUGAUAAUCAGAGUAUUCAUCAGUCUAUGAAAGUAAGUUCCAAGAAGUCACAUGCUUCAAAUUCUGUUCGUAAAGGCGGAAUUUUGAUGAAAAAGAAUCAUUCCACACAUGUGACCAGGACUCCUCACGGGACGAAGAAGCUUUCUCGAAAAGUGAAUUCAUCUUCCAAUCAGAAGACAAAGACACUGUCUUCCAUUGGCUUUGAUCAGAAGUUCCCUACCGAAAAGAAAGAGGAUGAUGGUGAUGGUGUGAUAAAAUCUGUGAUUUCAGGUCCCCAACCAGUGGCCUGUAUUCCUGUCAAACUCGUUUUCAGUAGAUUACUUGAGGCUGUUGGUAGGCUGCCUUCUGCACCUGAUAAGCAAGGGGUUUCAAGUGAACAGCAAUAAGGAGAGAAAUCCCACCCGCGUAGGUACUCUGUAAAUUGUAAUGUGGGGAUGAAUAAUCUAUAUACCAUUUUAAUAGUCGAUAUCUUGCUAAUUCUUUCGCGAUAGAAAACAAACCGCAUCAGUAUACAUCACCUGCAUCUGGAGCUUAACGGAGUCUUUGCUGUCUUCGGAAUACUGGGAUGGAGAUGAUCACUUACUGGUAUAUGGCUUCAGAUGCAUGUCUGAUAGUGAAUAGUGAUAGUCUCAUAGAGAGGAAAACAGCUACCCUUUGUUCAGUAGGAAGUUAUACUAAUACUCAGUAAUCAGUAUUUAAAGAGAGGUAGAACUUUUAGUUUUGACAUGAAAAAUGUAAAGUUUAAUGUAAAUGCUUUCAUAUCUUGAAGCAUACAUUCCUAGUUUUUACUUAUAUGAUAGCUUUUAGCUAAUGUGUAACAUUGGGGUUAUAUUUGAAUGUGUUAUUUUGCACAUAUUCUGGGGAA